CUGCCGUUCAGUGGGGCUCGGCACACCGCCAUGAAUGUAUCUCAGGUAACAGAGGCACGUAUUGUGAGCAAAAGCAGGCAUCACCUCAUGGCAUGCAGUCCAAUGGCGGUGUUGUGAUUCAGUUGAAGGAGCAGGCGGCGGGCGUGGAGCAGGGCCUGGACCAGCUGCUGCAGCUCCAGUCAGAGGUGUGUGAUACGACUGACGCUAGCACCUGACUGACGCACACGGAGUGUCAUGAUUAGUGACGAAAGCAAAGGCGCUCAUUGCAUUUGUGGCGUGUUGGUUCCUGCUAUACUCUGUCGGUGCAUCAUGCAGGUUGGCGCUUGUUUGUCCCAGAUCAAGCAGGUGGACCCUGCCAAUCACCCGGCUGAGGUACAGACACAAGACGAAACGGACGACACCGGGCAGCCGAUUCACCGCGCUUCACUGAUUGGUGUCUGCUGUUCUCUCUCCUGUGUGUCUGUCGCAGGAGUCAUCACCUGAGUCGCUGCAGGUCCACGUCCAGCUGUCCCUCGCUGCCGCCCACGUCGACAGUGCCGUCACUCAGCUGUCGUCCGUCAAAUCGGGGCUCUCGGGAGCGGUUGAUGCGCUGACGGCCACAGCCACGCCACCAGCAGCCACUAGCUCGGCAGCUGCAAAUGCCGACGGACAGUCACAGGUACAGACCAUGCAAGGCAAUGCAAUGCAGAGCUCUGAGAGAGCAUUGUGUCCAUUACAUGUGUUUUGGUCACAGGCACGGCGUCCAUCGUAUCGUUUGAUCCAUCAAAGCGGCAACCCUCCCCCCGUCAACAAAGAAGGACCGGUGAGGGCCACGCACAGCAAUCUGUGCGAUGUAAUCAGCCCAUGGCGUGUUGUUGUCAUGUUGGUUGCCACUUCAGGCCCGUCUUCGUCUGUCCCGCGAUGAGUUGGCCAGCGUGUUCGGCCAUCUGCAGCCCUGGGAGCUGACGCGCCACCGCCGGCGUCUCGGCACGCCCCUCUUCCAUCAGUCGGCCGCCAACUACACCCACCUGGUCAUCGACUGUGAGGACGAGACGGCGCGGCACAUGUGGGAGACCAUGCCACUCGACGUGGCGCACAAGUGGGGGCAGAGGGCGACCAACGUGCGAGAGAUCAAGCACCGCUACCCCAAGUGGCAAGAGAGCUGGUGUCGCGGCACCUGGGUCGCCGUGGUCGAGGGGCAUGCGAGGGGCCGGGCGGCCAUCGCACGCAAGAAACGACGAGAGAGGGAGGGAGGGGAGGGGACAGCGGCUGCCGCGCCAGGGCAAGGGGAUCAGCCGGCUGACGAGGGCACAUUGGAGGUGCUGUCAUUCGAGGCCGUCGAGCUCGACGACAGCAUUGACAUCCCCAACCCUCCCCCCUCAUCUGACCUGCUCCCCGCCCCCGCCGCCCCCAUCCACCUGUCCGCCCUCACGACGGUCGACAACAUCCCCAGGGAGUUUCUGAGGGCUCGCGUGGGCCGCCAGUGGCGCACACCUGCCGUCAAGUCGCUUAUCACCAGGGACAUGGCUAGUGAUCUAAGGUCAAGGGUGGUUAGUGGUCUAAGGGCAUGGCUGGCCGAGGCCAUUGAGGAACUGGACCUCAAGGGAUGGGAUGCCGACAUGACGGCCGAUGGGCUGAGUGUGCUGCCCGCCGACGGGAAGUCGUUGGCGGCGCUCCGCACACUCCGGGGCGUCCGGAUGGAUUGGAGCCGCCCCGCCGACAUCGACAGGCUGCGUGAGGUGAUGGUGGCGAGGGGCGUCAGCCGGUCCAUUCGCGAGCUCGAGAUCGACAUGGGGUGGAGGAUGCCGAGCACUAACGAGUACUGGGAGAGACUGCAGAGGGUCGCACGGCUCAUGUAAGGACACAAUAGAGGGAGGGACAGAGAGAGAGAGAGAGAGGGAGGGGGGAGGGGGGGAGGGGCUGCAGAGAGACGGUGCAAUUCAUUCCUGUGCUUUGUCUUCGACCAGUGACGCCAUUGCUCACCCCGAAGCAGUCAAGAAGGGCGUCUUCGCACUCAGCAACGACGGCACCUGUGGACAGAUUUCCGCGGAGCUCCUCUCGCGCAGCAGCACCGGCCCCGCCGCCGCCCAGAAGCUCAUCAACGAGUACGCCAAGGUCGCUCACACCGUGGUGUACAGCGGAGGCGACGAGGCCGUCCCUGCGGCCAUCACCGACGACUCAUUCCCCGCCGCGAGCACCCUGCUGCUCUUUGGUGGUGCCCUGGCCAAUGAGGCCAAGAAGAAGCGGUCGGUCGAGAUCGCCUCCCAUAUGCCCAGCCUGUCCUGCAUCGAGACAAGAGGCGCUCCUGCUAGUGAGGUGUGAGUGUCCCUCGAGCGGCUGCAGGCGGCGCUGGUCCGCCGGGGGCGGGAGAGGAACCUUUCAGUGCAUUGGCCCAUCCAGCCGAGUGCAUUUGUGGAGCCCGUGUACACUGACGGGAGUCCCUGUCUGUGGGGGCGGGGCAGCAACGACAAGCUGCCGUCGGUCGAGGAAGUGACGAUCACCGUGCUCGGUGAGGGGAUGGGGGUGCAAAGGGGAACCAGCAGCCAUGGCGUCUGUGUAUGGGGUGUGUGUUUAUUUACUAAAGGUGCUUUACACGAUGAGUUUGAGACCUUUUACAGUAACGUGAUUGCCACGAUCACCUCAUUCAAUGACGAACUCAAGGUAACGCAACACAAUACACCAUACAGACACAGCUGUCCGGCAAUGUGUAUAUGUCGUUCGUCCUCUUGGCUGAACACUAGGGCCACAAGAAGACCUGUGUAAGGGUACUUAACGAUGCCCUGCGCACCGACUUCGAGCGGCGCUUCAUGGCGCAGCAUGCCGGCAUCAGCCUCCUCAACGGCGGGCCCUACAAGCUCAGCCUUGAUGGCGAUAAGCUGUAUGUCGAGCGCCGCGAUAUUGGCAUAUAAGUAAGUAACGAGCGCGUCGUACACACAAGCUGCACACGCGCCACCGACGCGUCUGUGUGUCCGACCUGUGUCUGUCUGUGCUGUGCUUUGCUGUGCAGUGUCACACGUAUCUUGUCCGGUAGGGCGGGAAUAGACAGACAGACGCUGGCUACCCCUUUCAGUCAGCAUGCUAGUGUUCCGUGUCCCACUGUUUGUUGAAGUGUCGAGUGUGCAUGUGCUAAUCCAUCAGGACUGCUUGUGGAUGCGAUGCGCCGAUGCGUCCAUGCUGGCUUGCUCAGUUGUUUGGUAUCUGACAUGACCCACUGACUGCGUUUCGAAUGCAUUCGAUGCCAUACAUAUCAUCAACCACUGCACUG